GUCCCGCGGCCGCCGCCCGCCGCAGACAGCGCGGCGAGGGGCCGCCGAUGCCCGAGACGGAGCCGGGGCUGGUGGCGGUGCGGAGCGCAGCGCACCUUGGGCAUGAAUGAAGAAAAUACUUCCUCUGAAGAAUAAAAAUACUUGAUGGUGGGAGAACCUUUAAAACACCUUUACCUUCAAAGCUGGAGAAAAGUAUGAAGAAACACUCCAUCUGAUUCCCUGAGCAUCUCACAAAGAACACACAAUGGCUCAUUACAAAAAAACUGUUGUUAGUAUCUUGGAGGAGUGGUGUUUGAAGGAACCACUGUUUGGUUGCAAACAGCACCAGAACGUUAGGAAAAAACUAAGACUGAUAAGAAUAAUAGGGCUUCUUGUGAGUGUAGUGGCCAUUAGUACUUUCUCUCUUUCAAUUAGUGCCUUUUUCAAGACGGAACUACAUAGCAAGGUGUUGGCCAGUAGCCUAGAUAGCCAAAAGCAGGCGCAUGGUCACCAAAGAACUCUGUUGGAUUUCAAGGAACAGAAUGAAGACAGUGCUCCAGAUCCACCUACUUCCAUGAAAUAUGAAGCCGAGCAUGGCAAUGCAACAGAUCAUGCCAAGGGAGAGUACCCAGAGGACCUAUUCUCUCUUGAAGAAAGAAGAAAGGGUGCAGUGAUCCUCCAUGUGAUUGGAAUGAUUUAUAUGUUCAUAGCCUUAGCCAUAGUCUGUGAUGAGUUCUUCGUUCCUUCCUUGACUGUCAUCACUGAAAAGCUGAGUAUAUCUGAUGAUGUGGCAGGGGCAACCUUUAUGGCUGCUGGUGGCUCGGCCCCAGAACUCUUCACUUCUUUAAUAGGAGUGUUUAUAUCCCACAGCAAUGUUGGCAUUGGGACAAUAGUGGGAUCUGCCGUGUUCAAUAUCCUGUUUGUUAUUGGAAUGUGUGCUUUAUUUUCUAGAGAGAUCUUGAACCUUACUUGGUGGCCACUCUUUCGAGAUGUGUCGUUUUACAUUGUUGACUUGAUCUUGCUAAUCAUUUUUUUUCUGGAUAACUUAAUCAUGUGGUGGGAAAGCUUAACGCUCCUGACAGCAUAUUUUUGCUAUGUGACUUUCAUGAAGUUCAACGUUCAAGUAGAAGAAUUGGUGAAAAAAUUUUUGAACAGGAACAAGGUUGAGAAGGUUACAGCAGCAGAUGCUGAAGGAAAGUCACCUACUGCUGGCGACAAGGAUGACCAAACACUGACGACCAAGCCACGUCUCCAACGGGGAGGAAGCUCUGCAUCUCUCCACAACAGUCUAAUGAGGAACAGUAUCUUCCAGCUCAUGAUUCACACACUUGACCCACUCGCUGAAGAGCUUGGAUCAUAUGGAAACCUAAAAUAUUAUGACACAAUGACUGAAGAAGGAAAAUUCAAGGAAAGGGCCUCAAUUCUACAUAAGAUUGCCAAAAAGAAGUGCCAGGUGGAAGACAGUGAAAGACAGAAUGGAGCUGCUAAUCACGAAAAAAGUGCAAAAGUAGAAGUUGAAAUAACACCACCAAGUGAUUCAGGACCAGUGCAGAAUGGAAUCGCCCAUAAUGUUGAAGAAGAGAAUGAAGAGGAUGAGGACCAGCCACUCAGCCUGGCCUGGCCUGACACCCCACGCAAGCAGCUCACCUACCUUGUUGUGUUACCCAUUGUGUUUCCACUGUGGGCUUCACUCCCGGAUGUCAGAAAUCCCAGGUCAAGAAAAUUUUUCCCUAUCACAUUUUUUGGCUCAAUCAGUUGGAUUGCAUUUUUUUCUUACUUAAUGGUCUGGUGGGCACAUCAGGUUGGAGAAACCAUUGGUAUUAGUGAAGAAAUCAUGGGAUUGACUAUUUUAGCUGCUGGCACAUCCAUUCCUGACCUUAUUACCAGUGUUAUUGUAGCACGCAAAGGUCUGGGGGACAUGGCAGUAUCCAGUUCUGUUGGAAGCAACAUAUUUGACAUCACAGUGGGCCUGCCUCUUCCAUGGCUCCUGUAUGCUAUGAUUAACAACUUUGCCCCAGUGACAGUCAGCAGCAAUGGUCUAUUCUGUGCGAUUGUCCUUCUCUUCAUCAUGCUGCUCUUUGUCAUUCUCUCCAUCGCUUUCUGCAAGUGGAGGAUGAAUAAAAUUCUGGGCUUUCUCAUGUUUGGGCUUUAUUUUGUGUUCCUGAUUGUCAGCGUCCUCCUGGAGGACAAAGUGAUCCAGUGCCCUGUCUCCAUCUAGUGGAAAUGCUGUUUCCUGAGGAAAAAAAAAAAAAAAAAAGAAAAAAAAAAAAAAGAAAAAAGAAAAAAGAUAGAUGUUUAUUUAUUCAAAAUAUAUCUAUAUAUCAAAAUGAAACAGCAAAAACAAAACAAAAACAAAACAAGCAAACAAAAACAAUGGAAAGAUUUGUAAAUCUCCUAUUCCUCGGCUUUAAAAGAGAAAGAAAAAGAUACAAAGGGAGGAACUCGGAGUGAAGACUGAUUGCUGCUGGACAGUGCGGAUGCAUACGAAGGGCUGAGGCCAGCUGCGCCAACGUUUUCUUUGUUUGCUGCAGAACAACCUCGUCCCUCAGUACUGGGGAUGCUGCACACACACUGAGAUGGUGAAAGCUAUUCUUUCUUCUAUGCCUACGGUACAUAUCCACAGACUACUUUUUCUCUGUAGUAGUAUACACAGACACACAGAGUAUUCAUUUCUUGAAGCUAUAAUCUUCUAAAGGGGAAUGCUAAUAUUGACUUGGGGAGGGACCACCCUCCCACACACACCUCGGCAUGGGAUUUAUCUGAUGAUCUGCUGAUGCUGCUGAAUGGAAAGCAUUCACUGAGUGCAUGAGUCACAGACAGGGAAGAUCCUGCAUGUCUCUUCAUUUAGGUGGACUUAUAUGAUGUGAUUUCAGCAGAGCUGGGGAGUUAUCAGUGUAUGAUCUUCUGCAUCACAGUGCUAUAAAGGCCAUUGGCAGGAUGUUACUGAUGAUUUACUACAUCUUGCAAAACGCUUCAGACUGCUGAAAUUCCAGCUCUAGCACUGAAGGGACAAUGUUGGCUGGCCAUUUUGUGACUGAUGCAGAUUUUCACUCUAUUCACAGGCAAAGCCUGUCUGGGGAUUUGCUCUUUACUCUAAUACCAAUGCAGCAUGCAAAGAGAUGAUACAACUACUAUGUGAACACAACAUUUUUUCUAAUGCAGCAAUACUAACAACAGCACCAAUGGCUUUCAGAUGCUGUUACCAUUAUAAAUUUGCCUUUUGAUGCCAGAAAAGAAAGGCUUAUUUGCUUAUGCAUAGUAUUUCAUACAGAAAAUAGAGGUAGUUGUCAAGUGGCAGCCUAAAUGCUGAAGUGGAUAUAUAUUUUACAAGCUAUCUUUGUCCAUUACUUGAAGUGUAAGGACCUUCACAGCUACAUAUAGACAUUAUUGCAAAAAAUACCCAGCUGGUAUACAAAGCUGAGGCAGUUCUAAUCGCUUAUAUAAAUCUUGAGACUAGGUAGGAGAAACUAACAGUUUAAAUAUAGUGGAGCUGCAGGAAACCUACAUGAAAAUUUUCAUUUUUGCUGGAAGAGUGAAUGUCUAAAGAAGUCUGGGAAAGAGUGAAGAUGCAAUAUCUUACUGAAAUCCUGACAGGAUGAGGAGGUCCAAACUGAGAACAAAGAGAGAGAGAGAGAAAGAAAGAGAGAAAGCAAUGCAGUGCUCGUAUUUCCUGUAGAGUGUAUGAUUUUAAAAAAUGGGAGAACUGGAACAGGUGUUAAGAAAUUAUUCCAGAUAAUUGGUGUUUGUUUCUUCAAGUCUUUCUUUGCAGUUAGAGUUCAUGAAAUUUCAGCAUAUAUCUAUGACCUGUUUCAGCAUUGUUCUGUAUUUGUAUUGUGCUCACAAUGGCAAUGCAAUGCUCACAGCUGUGCAACAGAAGGCUCAGCACAUUUUGUCUUGUCUGUUUUUCUGAUGCUGUCACCAUGCUUUCCUGCCUGUGUUCCAUGCUGUUUGCUUUUCACUCAUCCCCUUUGUGGUCUACUGUAUUCCUAUUAUCUGUGUUUGUAUAUAUAACAGUAGCCAGCUAGAGAAUAAGGACUUGACAGAAAACAGCAGUAGAGAAAACCAUAAGAAAUACAUAUUAAAAAUUAUUGAAAUAUUAAGAUUGUGAGAUAUUAUUUAAAAUACGAGAUACUACUGAGUAAAAAGCAAGAAAACUAGGAGUCACAAUGUCUACUGCUCAUGUCUUAUCCUAAAGUAUUAAGUCCUAUAUAAAGAAUUACAUUCAGAAACACUAUUUGAUCUUAACCAUGCACUUACAACAGCUCUUGCUCCUUCACACGCCUCUCUCGUCGGGAGCACAAAAUCGUCAGUGAUGUAUUUAAGAUCCUUCAUUGCUCCAGAAUCCUUACUUGUAUUAACUAUAGUGCUUUCAGUCUCGUAACAUUUGUUUCUAUGGGUGCACUCAAAGGUAAGAUGUACAUACAUACAGUGCCCUCUGCUGAAAAGAAUAGCAAUCCUGCAAAAGAUAAUCUGUGACCCACAUUGUGAGCUCAAAUGAAGCAGGUGUCCCAAAAUACAGAGCUGACUCUACAGUAUAAUCUGUCCCAGAAGAUUCACCAAAUGCUUUCUGUUGCUGAUGACAGUGCUCAGAACAGGCUUUCAGUAUGACCCAAGCGAUUCUUUUGCAGGUGAGCAGAAUAAGGCAGCGUGAUCUAAAAGACCAUGUGCAGGGUUGCGAUAGGUCUGUGUAUAUGGCGACUUAACAAUAAUCAAAGAUUCUCAGACUCACUGGUCUACCUUUCAAAUCAAGAAAACAAGGAAGGACAAGAGCCUGAUCUCUGUUCAGUGCAUUACUCCUGCUUUUUUUCUUCUGGCUUCAUAUACACCACAUUGUAAUUCCUGCAAUGAAAAGAAAAAAGCCCUGCAUGACCUGGGGAGUUGUAAGAGCACACUGGUGUGUACAGCAAGGCAUGGGCAGCAACAGCAGAGACAACAGGCAGGUGGGGAGAAAGGAGUAGCUGAUUGAAAGCCCUACACACGGUGAGUAUUUCAGUCCAAAGCUGGCGUGAACAACUUGAAGGAAGACUUUUAUGUGUAGGGCUAAGGCUCAUAUCCUGUAACGGCAUUCAUACACUGUCUUAAAAUAUCUGAUUCAUUUAUUUCCUGGAGGAUGUUGGCUGUGUCUGCUUACCCCUAUCAAUGUAUUUAUCUUGGAAGGUAUUAGAAGUAAUUUUCUACCCCUGAGGAAUGAGACAGCUCACAGCUCCCACUGCCUUGCCUCUGCUGGGCAGAUCAUUAUUCAAAUGGCUGAAUAACUCUGCUAUGGGUGGCAGCUCAGCUGCAGAGGUAAUGGGGGAGAUUUCAGGUCUGUGGUGCAUCUGGAGGAGGCUGUUUGUGAAAGCUGGUUAUGCUGCACAAGAAAGACAGUCGUUUGCAUAAUUGCUGGAGUAAGCUGUUUCAGGAUCCUUGCAAAAGUGUGUGUUCUUUGGUUUUAAGACAACAGCUGUGCUGAUAGAGGAAAGAGAGGAAUGAGAGAAGGGAAACCUUUUAUCCCGUGCAGGAGGAAUUUGAAAAUCAUCAGCUGGAGAGCUGGAAGGACAGCUGGCAGCUGCUGCAACCCAGUGACUGGAUGCUCAUAGUCUGUCCCAGCUCAGCGCCACCAUAAGGCACACCACUUGCUAGGACACUCCUAUUUCACACUGACAGCAAAUUUAGCAAUUGUUGAAUUGCCAUGCUUUAACAGUAAUAUCACUUUGGCUUUCUCUCUUAGAAUUCACUGACUGUUUUUCCAGUAUAAGGUGUUUCCCAUUGUUCAUAACUUUUUCACUGUUGGAUCUGUGACCAUUUCUCAGAAUUGUACACCUGGAAAUCAAAAUUAAAUUUCUGUUUUAGACAGGCAAAGUUUCGAAUGACUUCAUUAGGAAACUGGUCCUGCAAUCUGCCUGAAUUCUGCUGUGCAUUAAUCAGCAUGGAAGUCUGUUCAUGUAUCUGUAUGCCGGUUCUUAUUUAUUCAGUUGAUGUCUGCAUAACCCUCAUGAAGCAUAAAUUUAUAAUAUAGAAAUUGGUGUUACAGUAAAAAUCCUGUUUGUUGCUUAGCAUUUUCUGGCCAACCCCAUGUUGGCAACACCUGUAGUAAGGUAAGAGUACAGGAUAAGGCUUCAGUUUAAGUAGACACCUCUCCAUAGCACCACACCUGAACAGAGCCAGUGUUGGAUAUGUUUUUUUGGAAGGGAUUCCAGUAACAUUUGAGCAUGAUUAUGGAUCAGAUUAUAACCUGUUGUAAACAUUUUUGGCACUGUCUUCAUUGGAACUAAAGAAGAGAAUGGGCCCCACCUG